AUGUGCUAUAAUAGGCUUGUCUACACAGCUAAUGUCCUCUGCAGGUUCUGGCUUGCAUGUGAUGUCCUCUUCGUCACGAUCUCCAUCUUCAAUCUGGCAGCGAUCUCUAUCGACCGGUACCGCUCCAUAAAGAACCCGCUCAAGUAUUCCCUCAAACGCACCAACCGGAUGGCGUACAAACACAUAGCAGUUGCCUGGCUGCUUUCGCUUCUUGUCGGUGUACCUCCUUUCUAUUUUUCUGCAUAUCAUGACAACAGUUGUUACCUGAAACUAUAUCCGUACUUCAUCAUUCCUGCCACCACGAUAGGCUUCUUUUUGCCCUUAGCUAUAGUUAUUUUCACGCAUACGCGCAUCUUUUGGAUUGCCAAGAAACACGCGUCUCGAGUGUCCCACGGACCCGGAACAGUUUCAGAAGGCACCGGAAGUGAUCCAACCCGCAGGCAGGAGAGCACUGGCAAGAGGGCCACAUCACUUGCUGUACCUGAAACAAAAGCUUCUGUUAGCCGAAUCCUCAACGAAGAUGCCUCGAUAGCUGCGAGACCUACUCCGAGCGGAUCACAUCAGCCAGACUUUGGGAAACCCAUCAGCAAUAAAAUCUCUGUGGCUCGAGAAAGAAAAGCUGCUCGCACUGUUGCGAUUGUAAUAGGGGUCUUUACGGUUUGUUGGAUGCCUUUCUUUGUGGCAGUAUCGGCGGCUUCUGUCUGUCGGUCUUGUGAUCCUCAGCAGUUCCAUCUUCAGGUUCUUACGUUCAUAGGCUAUGCAAAUAGUGCCGCCAAUCCAAUCAUCUACACUAUCUUCAACAAGGAGUUCAGACAAGCUUUCAAGAAGAUACUACACUGUAAAUUCAGAUAGACGUAGAUACAAUCACAACCUGGCAAGAAUGGACUCGGUAUAUACUUGAUGUGUAAAAUUACCAAAUUGUGCUUUACAGAAUUGUCAACUCUUAUGUGCUUUAUUAAGAAUUAGAAUGAAAUCCUGAAAUCAUGCAAGGGCCGAGUAGGACUCCCAUUACACCACCCACACUUUAGUAUUUUGUAUCAUCAGCACUUGUCACGCCAUUUAAUAGAUUGGUG